AUGAAUAUUUUACCAAAAAAGAGGUACUGUAGUAAACUUCAUUGAUAAAAGAUGCAUUAAUUUCAAAUACUAGAUGUUAUGAUACAGAUAGUAUGUUUGCUUCAUGAAUCUUACACUGCGAUCAGUUGCUUUUAGGUUUCAAAAUAUUGCACUUUCAAGAUUUUGAUAACUUUUAAUCUGAUUUUAGUUGGCAUGUUAGAAACAAGGAUAACAUUGCUCGAGUUCGUCGAGAUGAAGAAAACGCAAGAUUGGAGGAAGAGAAGCUUGCGGAAAGAGCAGCUUUAGCGGUAAAGAUGAUUUUUGACAUGAGAAUUACAUCUUUUUCAGCCAUGACCCGGCAGUUUACUGUGGAGUACUUUAGAUGAAACUGAUCCUUGCAUUAAAUAUUAUCUUUCACUUUUUCAAGGAACAAGAAGCGAGAACUAAAUUACUACGUGACAGAGUGAAGAAUGAUUCACAGUCCAGUUCUAUUGCCAGUUCAGUGUCUACCUCAGUAGUACCAUAUGAUGAACCUAGACAUAUCAAUCUAUUUCAUGAGGAAGAAACAGGUUCUGGGGUAAGCAUAUUAUUAUUUAACCCAUUAAGUUGCAUUGCACCCUACAUUUUAUUUUACUCUGUCUAAUGCCAGACAAUUUUACUUUCAAGGGGAGAGUGCUGGUGCUGAAUGGGUUAAAUAUCUGCCUCGUACCCAGGCGCUUUGGUUUGUUUAUGUCAUUAAGCGCACAUGGAUCGAUCAAAUUGAUCCGCGGCCCACGCAAAGGCCACGCAAGCCAUAGAACAACAUAGCGCUUGGGUACGAGGCAGGUUAAAUAUUAUAAGCCAGAGGCAUUCUGAUCACAAAAUGAUAUUUUUGCACCACCUGACUGUGGUGUUGAACACUGGUCUGUCAUUUUAUUCCAGGGUGCAACAACAAAUGCGGAAUAUGAAGCAGAGAAAAAAGCAGAACAAGAAAAAAAGGAAAAAGCACUUGGAGUUUUGAAAUAUCUUGGUCAGAGCACAAGUGAAGGUGAAUAGAUUUAUAAGUGUAAACACAGGUGGCAUUACUUGAGCAAUGACUGGUUUAGCUGAGUUGUUUACAUGAAGUGAUCAAUUGGUCUAGAUCAUAAAAUUUGUUUGACUUUCAGAUCCUAAACCAUGGUAUCUUCAAAAAGGUACAGACAAAAAAGAAAAAUCAAAGUCACAAAGGUAAUUUAUUCACCAUUAAUUAUAGCUCCCACAUUGUUAUUUUAAAAUCCAAAUGCCCUUCAAUAUAUUCUUACUUCUGGUAUUUUUAGCAGCCAAGAUGAUGAUAGGAAAAGUAAAUUGGAUCCUAUGGUGAAGAUAAAUGCUUUCUUGGAUGAAACAAAACAAACUGAAUCAUGGAAAAAAGAGAAACGAAAGAAAGAAAAGAAACAAUGCAAGGUUGUAAACAUUUGUCAUUUCCAUGUUCAACCAAAGUUGUGAUUCACCUGGUGAGUUUUUGUUAACUUUUUCAUGUUUAGGAAAAAUCCAAAUCAGGGAAGAAGACAAUGGAAGACUUAAGAAAAGAAAGACUUCAGAGAGAGAAAGAGGAAAGAUUCCGAGCAGAAAAACUUAUCAAGGAAAAAAAAGAAGGAAAAUCAGGAAACACAGAUGAUGACCCAUACAAAGACAGGUACCCAGAAGGAUCUUGAAUGGUCUGUGUAGGGAGUGGCAAUAAUAAGAAAGUUGCAGAUUGAUAGGGAUACAACUACCUGAAAAAUACAAGGAGAACGUCGAUGUUUCAAGCGAAGGCCCUUCGUUGGAAAGUUAGUAGCAACUAACUAGAGACUAGUUGGCUAUGCAAUGUUGAUGGAGUAUUUGGUGUGAUAGUUAUCUGAAAGAUUUAUAACUUUUCAAUGUUUUGAGGAUACAGUCAGCACUGACUAUAUUAUCUUUUCAUUCCAUAUAGUUACUACUCCCAGUACAACCCUGACCUGGCCAAGAAACCUAAAUGGAACAGAAGACAUCAUCCCUAUUAG